AUGAGUGGCAUGGUCCCUCUAUGUACCACACCACCCUCCAAGAAGAAACAGGUCCUCAAGCGACCACCCAUCUUGGAGGACUACAUCAACGUGACAUCCACUGAGGGCACCAGGGUCUUCAUGAUCAUGAGAGAUGAUCCUUCCAGAACAGGAGUGGAGAUCCCUGAUUCCCUGGGCUGGAAUGCACGGAGGCCACUCCACUUGCUAGGAGUGCCUUUCUCCUACCUGAAGGAACAAGUGAAUGAAGAGCGUCGAACACGUGUCCUGGAGGCAUCACAGCAACUGACAGAGAUUAUAACCAGUUGUCUCGAGAGUGAAACCAGCACCGAGAACCUGGAGCCCAGCGAGGAAGCGGAUCCGGCGGGUGAGGAGGAGUCUGUGCUUCAUUGCCUCUGGGUGGACAAGUUCACUCCCCAGCGCUACAUGGAGCUGCUCAGUGAUGAUUACACGAACCGUUGCCUUCUGAAGUGGCUCAAGCUCUGGGACACGGUGGUGUUUGGGAAGGAGAAGGCUGUGAAGAAGGCCAAGCCCAGCACUGAGGCUCAUCCUCCAUUCAACCAGCCCAAGGAGCAGCAGAAUAAGUGGAAAACAAAAGUCCAGCUCAUGGAGGAGAUUCUGGAGGCUGAGCUGGACCAGCACAAGAGACCCAAAUACAAGGUAGCCCUGCUCUGUGGCCCACCUGGCUUGGGGAAGACCACGCUGGCCCACGUCAUCGCGAAGCACGCGGGGUACAACGCUGUCGAGAUGAACGCCAG